AUGGCAACGGUUGCAACCAGAAAAUGCACUGGGGUGGACUGCGGUAAUGACGCCGGCUCCCUCCAGUGUCCGACCUGCCUCAAGAUGGGCACUGACAGCUUCUUUUGCUCACAAGACUGUUUCAAGCGAAGCUGGAGCGAGCAUAAGACCAUCCACAAGAAGAGUAAUUUCCUCUCCAACCUAUUCACCCCGAACGUUGUUUCUGAACCUGAUCCAGCAACCGGCCACUUCAACCCUUUUCCUUCCUUCCAAUACACUGGCAGCCUGCGACCGGUCUAUCCCCUCUCGCCGAUGCGGACCGUCCCCAGUUCCAUCCCGCCCCCCGACUACGCCAAGGGCGGUAUCCCGAUCUCUGAGCAGAAGCUCUGGGGUCAGCAUAAGAUCAAGAUCUUGAAUAAGGAGGAACAGGAGGGUAUGCGAACGGUCUGCCGCCUGGCUCGUGAAGUUCUGGAUAUUGCCGCGCGCGCCCUGAAGCCCGGCGUGACUACCGACUAUAUUGAUGAGGUUGUUCACAAGGCUUGCGUUGAGCGUGAGUCCUAUCCUUCGCCCCUCAACUAUAUGCACUUCCCGAAGUCUGUCUGUACCUCCGUCAAUGAGACCAUCUGCCACGGUAUCCCCGAUCAACGACCGCUGGAGGACGGCGACAUUGUCAACAUCGAUGUCACCCUGUACCAUAAAGGCUUUCACGGUGAUAUCAACGAAACAUACUAUGUCGGCGACAAGUCCCUUGCAAACCCUGAUGCCGUCCGGGUUGUUGAGACUGCGCGUGAGUGCCUGGACAAAUCGAUUGAGCUGGUGAAGCCCGGCAUGCUGUUCCGUGACCCCGGCAAUGUGAUCGAGAAGCAUGCCAAGUCCCGCAACUGCAGCGUCGUCAAGACCUACUGCGGCCACGGCAUCAACCAACUUUUCCACUGUGCCCCCAACGUUCCCCACUACGGCAAGAACAAGGCCGUCGGCACCGCCAAGCCCGGUAUGUGCUUCACCAUCGAGCCCAUGAUCAACAUUGGUACCCACCGGGACCGCACAUGGCCGGAUGACUGGACCAGUACCACCGCCGAUGGGUCCCUGUCCGCUCAGUUCGAGCACACAAUGCUGGUGACAGAGGAUGGCGUGGAGGUCUUGACAGCCCGUCUGCCCGACUCGCCAGGUGGUCCGGUUCCGAUGCCUGUGGCAGAACAGCAAGAAAAUGGGAAUUAA